AGGGUGUUUGUUGGAUGCUGCCAACGCGGCAAAGUCCACGAGCGUCUUUCCCGCAGUGGAAGUGACUCGUUGUUCAGAAGAGAUUUGCAGAUUUUGACUACACGUAGCGUCCGUCAUCGUGUGCAUAUUCACUGACAACACUGGGAAAUGGCGUGGACAUUCUGGCUAUAUAAUGGCGCUGGGGAGCGAGAUGGGAGACAGAACACAGCCGCUACUGGAUCAGUAACCUGAAUAAGCAGUCAGAAAGUCAAUUGAGUAAAUUCCCCAGUCUUACUACUACUCGUAUCUUGAGCAAAGGUUAGAGGGAAGAAACACGUGCUAAUAAUUUACUAUCAGCGAUGGGCCUCUUCCUUGCUCGCUUGAAGAAGGUGUUUGACGAAUUCGGCAACACUCAAGCUCGGAUUCUGAUGCUGGGUCUGGAUGCAGCAGGCAAAACAACAAUCCUCUACAAGUUCAAGUUGAAUGAGGUGGUGUCCACCAUUCCCACAAUUGGCUUCAAUGUAGAGACUGUUGAGCCAAUGAAGGGCCUGACAUUCACGGUGUGGGACGUCGGUGGACAGGACAAGAUUCGACCACUGUGGCGUCACUACUUCACAGGGACAGAAGGACUGAUCUAUGUAGUGGACAGCGCCGACAGCUCGAGAUUUGCCGAAGCACGUGCCGAGUUGCACUCAAUCCUGGACUCGGAGGAGAUGCGAGGUGUGCCGUUAAUAGUUUAUGCCAACAAGCAGGAUCUGCCGAAUGCUGCCCCACCGUCUGUCCUUAUAGAGAAGUUACAGCUUAGCAAGCUUUCUGGUCAUCAGUGGUAUGUGCAGACGACGUGUGCUACAAACGGCGAUGGUCUCUGCGAAGGUAUUCAGAAAUUCAGUCAGUUAGUGAAGGACUUCAAACGCACAAGGAACCAGUCCAUGUACUGAGAUACGGAUUGAUUUCAACAAGUGAUCAGCUGACAAUGCAAGCCUCACUCUAACUUUGCUACUAUGUGCAAGACGAGUAUCUCAAGGAGUGUUGAAACAUAUUAUCGCAUUCUGUUCAGAACAUGUGCUUUGAGUAUUCAGUGACGAUUACUCGAUUUCCAUUCCUGUAUAUGUUACGUGCUGUAUAUUGCUGAAUCGAUUGCCUCUCUUUUAUUAUUAUUAUCAGGUACAACUACUCCACAACCCCUUUUAAAGUGAAUACAAGUAAGAGCAAAACCUCAUGAUCUGUAUCGAUCACACACGCCAACGGUUUUGAAUACACUAAGCUAGCCAUUAAACAAUUGAUUAUUGAAACUUCAUCUAGGCUUCAAGCACAGAGACAACAUACUGUACUACUGUACUAUUUAUCAAAAAAUUCAAAAUGACCAUCCAAUCCUCUUCAUUACAGUGCAUUAUCCACAUCCUUCUCAUUUCACACUUUAGGGGAGCUGAUGAUACACAUUUUCAUCAAUUUUGAUUUGAUUACAGGCAACCAUCAACUUGAGAAAUUG